CCGACCCCUACCCACUUUCCUUCCUCCCGAUGGCAAGCCUCAGACUCCAGGCUUGAGCUAGGUUUUGCUUUUCUCCUGUGAGAACUCGGAAGACCAUGUCUGCAGAACUCUUCUCAUCCAUAAGAGAGGAAGCAAGCUCUGGCUCAGGACCCAGUUUUAGGUCUAAUCAAAGGAAAAUGUUAAACCUGCUCCUGGAGAGAGACACUUCCUUUACCGUCUGUCCAGAUGUCUCUAGAACUCCAGAGGGUGAAUUUCUUGGUGAUUCUACAAACCUAAGCAUUUUGUCUGGAGGAACCCCAAAACGUUGCCUUGAUCUUUCGAGUCUUAGCAGUGGGGAGAUAUCUGCCACUCAGCUUACCACUUCUGCAGACCUUGAUGAAACUGGUCACCUGGAUUCUUCAGGACUUCAGGAAGUACAGUUAGCUGGGAUGAAUCAUCACCAGCACCUAAUGAAAAGUAGCCCAGCACAGCUUCUUUGUAGCACUCCAAAUGGUUUGGACCGUGGCCAUAGAAAGAGAGAUGCAAUGUGUAGCUCAUCUGCAAAUAAAGAAAAUGAAAAUAGCACUUUGAGGUCGUUGGAGUGGCAUGCACCCAGGAACUUGAGGUUUCAAAAGAGAUCAGGGGAGCCUUAUGUGUCUCCUUUUUCUCUGCUGGACAAUGGAAACUUGGUGGACAGUGAAAUGAAAUAUCUGGGCAGUCCUAUUACUGCUGUUCCAAAAUUGGAUAAAAAUCCAAAACUAGGAGAAUGCCAGGCAGAAGAAAUUUCAGAUGAAUUAAUGGAGUUUUCCCUGGAAGGUCAAGAAGCCAAGGCCUUGGUGAACAGAAGCGGCCUAUAUCGCUCCCCCUCCAUGCCAGAGAACUUGAAUAGGCUAAGACUGAAGCAGGUGGACAAAGGCAAGGACAACGCAAUGCCAGAUAAAGUUAAAAAAAAGUAUUUUUCUGGCCAAGGAAAGCUCAGGAAGGGCUUACAUUUAAAGAAGACAGUCUCUCUGUGUGACAUUAAUAUCACUGAGAUGCUGGAGGAAGAUUCUAACCAGGACCAUCUGAUUGGUGAUUUUUCCAAGGUAUGUGCACUGCCAACCGUGUCAGGGAAACACCAAGAUCUGAAGUAUGUCAACCCAGAAACAGUGGCUGCCUUACUGUUGGGGAAGUUCCAGGGUCUGAUUGAGAAGUUUUAUGUCAUUGAUUGUCGCUAUCCAUAUGAGUACCUGGGAGGACACAUCCAGGGAGCCUUAAACUUGUAUAGUCAGGAAGAACUAUUUAACUUCUUUCUAAAGAAGCCCAUUGUCCCUUUGGACACCCAGAAGAGAAUAAUCAUCGUGUUCCACUGUGAAUUCUCCUCAGAGAGGGGCCCCCGAAUGUGCCGUUCUCUGCGAGAAGAGGACAGAUCUCUGAACCAGUAUCCUGCAUUGUACUACCCAGAGCUAUAUAUCCUUAAAGGUGGCUACAGAGACUUCUUUCCAGAAUAUACGGAGCUGUGUGAACCACAGAGCUAUUGCCCUAUGCAUCACCAGGACCAUAAGGCUGAGUUGCUGAGGUGUCGAAGCCAGAGCAAAAUGCAGGAAGGGGAGCGGCAGCUGCGAGAGCAAAUUGCCCUUCUGGUGAAGGACAUGAGCCCAUGGUAACAGACCAGCCACUGGCUGCUAACAGGUCAUCCAAAGACACCGCAGAAACCCUGAGCAGAAAGAGGCCUUCUGAACGGCCAAACCCAAGUUUGUUAAAAGAUGUCU